GCUGAUUUACAUAUGCCGAAUAACGAAAAUCGCUCAGCCCAUCGGAGUGAAUCGAGCAAAACUUCACACAACAGUGAAUGACUUAUCUUAGAUAUGAUAACUGGUCAAUUUGGGGUAUUCUACCAUUAACAGUCACGAAGUUCUCAGAGUGAGAUCCAAGAACUGGCGGUAGUCUUGGCUGUGAAAAGGAACCUUUGGUUUGCGGAAAACAUUGAGCUCUGCAGAAAAUGUCGGGAAUUCAGUGGUAAAAGAGGGCGGUUGAAUCUUGGUUUAUAAGUUGUUUUUAAACGUCGUCUAACUGCUUAUAGAGGCUGGGUGAUCAUUUAAAAUGAUGCGUCAGGGCAGCACGACAAGCAACCCUGAAGACAACUACGACUACUUGUUCAAAAUCGUCCUUAUCGGGGAUUCAGGGGUCGGUAAAUCAAACUUGCUAUCAAGAUAUACCAAAAACGAGUUCCAUCUCGGGUCAAAGGCUACUAUAGGAGUGGAGCUCGCCCAUAGGAACGUCGAGAUAGAAGGGAAGACCGUCCGUGCCCAAAUCUGGGACACCGCAGGUCAGGAGAGGUACCGGGCCAUCACGAGCGCAUAUUACCGCGGGGCCAUGGGCGCUGUACUCGUCUAUGACAUUGCCAAGGGAACGUCAUUCAUGAAUCUGAACAAAUGGGUUGAAGAACUGCGGCAACACGCGAGCGAUGACUUGUCAAUUAUUCUGAUAGGCAACAAAUCGGAUCUAAAACACUUACGGAUGAUAGAGAACCGACGAGGAAAGCAAUUCGCCGCCGAACACGGCAUGCUUUUUAUGGAAACUUCUGCUUUAGACUCUACAAAUGUUGCAGAGGCGUUCGAGUUUAUUUUUGCACAUAUUUUUGAUAAAGUUCGACAAAACGAGCUAGAAAAAUCAGGACAAGCUCAUGAGAAGCCAAAUGGCGAGUCUAUUGUUAUAAAAGCUGAGCCCGCUGAGCUGCCGGCGACACCAAACGGCAAAGAGCAUGCGCGAACUCGUCAGUCCAAGUCAUGCUGUGGGACUGGGUAAAGCACACCGUGGUGGUAAGCAUGUGGAAGCACGCCGCGUACCAUAUAGUAAUGUCACCGAGGAGCUUGAAUUCAUCACUUUAACUCUAAAUGAAUGGGAAAGCUGUGGUGGCACGGUAUAAUUAGACUUCAUGUGACAAGGACUUAUUCGACAGAUGCAAAUAAUUUCAGCUUGCUCCUAAUUAUGAAAAAUUUGAGAAACAUCUAUCCUAGAGAGGUGGGCCUAUGAGUAUUCAUAAAGAAAUUUGUAUUUCUUGGGUCUGCAUUUCAUAAAGUUUACCGACUGACAUUUAGCAUAUAAUCAUAGAAUCAUUUUACAUGAUUAGUGUAGGUAGACUUUCCAUUUUUGGAACGUGUUCAAAAGGGAGAAGUAGCCUCAUAGUCUAUGUACUUCCACAAGAUUUCCUCCAACUAAAUAUUAAACAAAAUGUCCAUAAGAUCAAGAUACUUGGUAACUUCCUGUAGUUCGUGUGGCCAUGUAUACAGGGGUCUUACUGCCAUCGCUACACUAUAAGACUCCAGGAAAGUCGGCGGUGAGGCAUGCUUUUUAUCUGUUAUGAUGAAUUAAAGUGUGAUCACUCAUGAAAAACAA